UUAUCUGUAACUCCAAGCUUUUUGUUUUGUGUUUUACUAAGCUACUCGCCUUUACGAUAUUAUUUAAUGUUAUGGGAAUGCCACGUAUGUAGAGAUAAUAAUAUAGAUAAUAUUAACACAGUUACUUGUAUUAUCGUUUUAUAGACCUAUUUGAGUGUAAGGCUUAGAAUAAUUAACUACAAUGUGUGGUUCUGAUAAGAAACUUGGUGAAAUACGGGCACUUAUACUCGUAGGAGGCUAUGGGACCCGAUUAAGACCAUUGACUUUAAGUAGACCGAAACCCUUAGUGGAAUUUGCAAAUAAACCAAUAUUAAUGCAUCAGAUUGAGGCAUUAGUGCAAGCUGGAGUAACGCAAGUCAUUCUCGCGGUUUCAUAUAGAGCCGAAGAUAUGGAAAAAGAGCUUACAGAGGAAGUUUCGAAACUUGGUGUAUCACUUACAUUUUCUCAUGAGACUGAACCACUCGGCACUGCUGGUCCCCUUGCACUUGCCCGAGAACUGCUUAGUGCUAGCCCUGAGCCAUUUUUUGUCCUAAAUUCGGAUGUAAUAUGUGAUUUUCCAUUUAAAGAAUUGGCUAAAUUUCAUAGAAGUCAUGGAAAGGAAGGAACAAUAGUGGUUACAAAAGUGAAAGAACCUUCAAAGUAUGGUGUAGUUGUGUACAAAGAGGAUGGUGAAAUUGAAAGCUUCAUUGAGAAACCACAAGAAUUCAUUUCUAAUAAAAUUAAUGCAGGAAUGUAUAUUCUUAAUCCAUCAGUACUUAAUAGAAUAGAAUUGCGUCCAAUGUCUAUUGAAAAAGAAGUAUUUCCUUUUAUGGCUAAAGAUAGAGAACUGUAUGCUAUGGAGCUGGAAGGUUUUUGGAUGGAUGUUGGACAACCGAAAGACUUCUUAACAGGUAUGUGCCUGUAUUUAAACAGCUUACGUCAAAAGAACUCAAGUAUGCUGUACGAAGGGGAAUGCAUUGUCGGCAAUGUCAUUAUUGACCCUACUGCAACUAUUGGCAAAGGAUGUCGGAUAGGACCUAAUGUCACAAUUGGCCCAAAUGUGGUUAUUGAGGAUGGUGCGUGCAUAAAGCGUAGUACUAUUCUACGAGGAGCGUGCGUUCGUCAACAUGCUUGGCUAGAAGGUUGCAUAGUAGGCUGGAAGUCAGUUGUAGGACGCUGGGUGCGAAUGGAAAACACAACAGUUCUAGGUGAAGACGUUAUAGUAAAAGAUGAACUUUACAUCAAUGGAGGUCAGGUCCUUCCCCAUAAAUCCAUUGCCUUAUCUGUGCCCGAGCCUCAGAUAAUUAUGUAAAAAGAUAACUAAUACUUUAUAAUUUCUAAAAACCAGUGGCAAUAAUUUAAACAUUUGUACAAGUCUUAAAUAAUAAUAGUUUUUGUGUAAUAUAUUUGUAAUCACUUAAUGUAAGUGAAAUGACAAACAAAAUUUAAUUCUAUUUGACUGAAAUAGUUAACAGUCAAUGGAAUUGGAUGAAAAAAUAAUAAAGUAAUGCUACUGCUCUGAUGUUAUUUGAAAGCUGGUUUAGUGUUAUAAGCACAAAAACAAAAAAAGCAUAUUCGCCGAAUUUUUUCGUCAGUUUUAGUUGUAAUACACUUUAUGUGCAGUAGUAUUAAUAAAAAUUGUAUAUAUUAA